AUGAAUUCUAGUACAAGUUCCGAAAUUACUAGCGUCAAUGCAUUGAUCAUUGGUGCUGGUGGGGUUGGUGUGAUUACUGCAUAUUCUCUAUAUUUUGGUGGGAAGUGUAAUGUUUCUCUGGUAACUAGAUCAGAUUAUGAGCAUGUUUCGGAAUUUGGAUACAAGAUCGAUUCCUGUGAUUAUGGGGAGAUAAGAGAUUGGAAACCUCACAACCUUUUCAAGACAGUGGAACAUGCGGCAGCCUCUGGCAAGUUCUUCGAUUAUAUAAUCAUUACCACCAAGAACAUUCCGGAUGGUCCAAAAGACUCCACGGUUCACGCUAUUUUGAAGCCGGUAAUUGAAUCUAACUCUAGAGUAGAAGACUCAAGGGUAACCAAUGUCGUAUUGAUUCAAAACGGUAUUGAUAUCGAAAAGGAAGUCCUCGAAAACUUUGAUAAGAGCACUUUCCACCUAUCACUCCUCUCAGGAGUUCAAUUGAUUGCAUCUACGAAGAUAGGACCUGGACACAUUGUUCAGAAAGGGAAGGAUCAUGUGAGUUUCGGAGCCUUCAAUAAGAACGAUGAUAUUGCGAUUGGACAGGCGAAAAAGCUUGUAGAAUUGUAUCACAACGAACCUCACAAUACCUGUCUCUUUGAUGAAGAUGUCAGAUACACGCGGUGGAAGAAAUUGUUAUAUAAUGCUGCUAUUAACACAACCACAGCUCUUGUUGGAUUGGAUGUCCCUAGAUGCUUCGAAUUUUCUACUGACAAAAAAGCAACGGAAUAUGAAUUGUUCAGACCUGCUAUGGAAGAAAUAAUUUCCAUUGCUGCUAGUGAAAAUGUCAUUGUGGAGAAAGAAUUAGUGGAUUUUUUCAAUGAUGUUACAAGAAACAUUAUGUAUAAACCUUCAAUGUGCGUGGAUUUAGAAAAUGGAAGGUUAAUGGAACUUGAGGUAAUUCUCGGUAAUCCUAUAAGAAUAGCCAAAGAAAAGGGUAUUCGCACUCCAACUCUAAGUGUGCUCUAUAACUUACUCUACUUGAUUCAAAAUAAACUAAAAGAACAAAAAAAGAUAAUCGAAUUUGAUGAAGAAACCUUGAAGUUGGUAUCCUAA